CCGACAGCCGAGGUUCGCAGUUUCUUGCACCUGGAGCUCAGAAGCAAUUCCUGUAACUUGCUUUACAAGGGAAUAAAUUUGCUUUUCCCCCAAACUCGGUGCUUCUACUGAACCUACAUUUUCACGAGAGACCUUAUUAGUCUCCAACGUCUUGUGGGAAAGGAAAGUCUGUAAUUUUGGACUCUAAAAAAAAUUGGCAACUUUCAAGUUCCUGGGAUUCUACCAAGAAAUCUUGUCGACACAGAAGACUUUGGCCAGACUGAUAUUCCUGUAAUUAGUCGGUUGGAAGGAGCCUUGAUUGACAAAGGGUGAUUUCUGCAUGCUCCCAGGGUUAUCCAGUGGGCAGGAAUGAAGAUGAUUUCAGGUCAGGCUUCUAACAGCCUUGAAGGGAUGGAAUUUUGCAAGUUCCAUUGCACAUUAUAUUAUAUCCAUUGUGGACGAUUUGCAAACUGGUGAAUCAGGGCUCAACUUUCUGCUGCACGAAAUUCCCUCCUCCUGUUCAGAUUUCUUCUCAUCGCUGGCAGAAUAAAAGAGUCUCCACAUCUUUUUUUUAACAUCGUGGUGACCAAAACUGGAUGCCGUAUUCCAAGUGUGGUUUUACCAAAUGUAGGAGAUUCCCAAGACAAAUGGCCAGUCGAGUGGACAAUAUGAAGCUUGAUGGACCAGCUGGUGGCCUGUUCUUCUUCUCCAUUUCUAUCCCGUGCAUGAUUGGACCAGCGAGGGGAAGAUCAGCACUGCAUCUCUGGAAACUGGUCAUCCUACACUUGCUUAGAGCCCCAGCAAAAGCUGUGUAUGUUUUCUUUGAAUAAAGAUGAGGCGAAGCUGUAAAACCUAAUAAUUGUAGUGUCAGUUUCAUACAGCAGAAGAUCUACAAAAUUGUCAGGAAAGAAAUAUGUCCCUUGAAGCACCAGAGCUGCUCACAUCCAAGACAAUGGCUGUAAAGCUAAUAACCCAGCCAAGAGAUGGAAAAGCGACAACGUGGCAGAAAUGUGGGAAGAGGGAACAACAAGACUGUAAGCGUGUCCACCAGAAAGUAAAAGAUAGGAUGGUGGCGGGGAAGUGGAGCAUGUAUUGCCCAAUCUUGGCCUGUUGGCAGCCGAUUCUCAUCUUGAUGUUGGGAUCCAUCCUCUCAGGCUCUGCCACGGGUUGCCCACCCCGCUGUGACUGCUCUGCCCAGGAACGCUCGGUGACUUGCCACCGGAAGCGAUACAUGACCGUUCCUGAGGGCAUCCCCACCGAGACCAAACUGUUGGAUUUGGGGAAAAACCGCAUCAAGACUCUGAACCAGGAUGAGUUUGUCAAUUUUCCUCACUUGGAGGAGUUGGAGUUAAACGAGAAUAUUAUCAGUGGCAUUGAGCCCGGGGCUUUCAAUAACCUCUUCAACCUCAGGACUCUUGGUCUUAGGAGCAAUCGGCUCAAACUUAUCCCCCUUGGGGUGUUUACGGGACUCAGCAACCUCACCAAGUUGGACAUUAGUGAGAACAAAAUUGUGAUUCUUCUGGAUUAUAUGUUCCAGGACUUGUACAACCUCAAGUCUUUGGAGGUUGGGGACAAUGAUCUCGUCUAUAUUUCCCACCGGGCUUUUAGUGGCCUCAACAGCUUAGAACAUCUGACCUUGGAGAAAUGCAACUUGACCUCCAUCCCUACGGAAGCCCUUUCUCACCUGCAUGGCUUAAUUGUGCUACAGCUGCGCCACCUGAAUAUUAACGCCAUCAGGGAUUACUCCUUUAAGAGGCUGUAUCGACUUAAGGUCCUGGAGAUUUCACAUUGGCCCUAUCUAGACACCAUGACAUCCAACUGCCUGUAUGGACUCAACCUGACAUCUCUGUCCAUCACCCACUGCAACCUGACAUCAAUACCUUACGUCUCCUUGAGGCACCUGGUCUAUCUCAGGUUUCUGAACCUGUCCUACAACCCCAUUGUCAGCAUCGAAGGCUCCAUGCUUCACGACCUACUCAGGCUUCAGGAGAUACAGCUGGUUGGGGGACAACUCUCCGUGGUGGAACCGUACGCCUUCCGGGGCCUGAACUACUUGCGGAUCUUGAACGUUUCAGGGAAUCUUCUGAAUACACUGGAAGAAUCAGCCUUCCACUCUGUGGGGAAUCUGGAAACCCUUAUCAUAGAUAACAAUCCUUUGGCCUGUGACUGCCGACUUCUCUGGAUCUUCCGACGUCGCUGGAGGCUGAAUUUCAAUAAGCGGCAGCCUACCUGUGCCACACCUGAAUUUGUCCAGGGGAAACAGUUCAAGGAUUUUUCUGAGGCGCUCCUUCCAAACUACUUCAUUUGUCGCCGGUCGCGGAUACGGGACCGCAAACCCCAGCAGAUCUUUGUGGACGAGGGCCACACCGUGCAGUUCAUCUGCCGUGCAGAUGGAGACCCACCUCCGGUCAUCAUGUGGCUGUCGCCAAGGAAGCACCUCAUCUCGACCAAAACCAACGGGCGGCUCACCGUCUUCCCCGAUGGCACUCUGGAGGUGCGUUACGCCCAGAUUCAGGACAAUGGCACCUACCUAUGCAUCGCCAGCAACGCCGGAGGCAAUGACACCAUGCUGGCUCACCUGCACGUCCGCAGUUAUUCCCCCGACUGGCCCCACCAACCCAAUAAGACCUUCGCUUUCAUCUCCAACCAGCCGAACGAGAGCGAUGCCAACAGCACGCGUGCCACCGUGCCUUUCCCCUUCGACAUCAAGACCCUCAUCAUCGCCACCACCAUGGGCUUCAUCUCCUUCCUGGGAGUCGUGCUCUUCUGCCUGGUGCUUCUCUUCCUUUGGAGCAGAGGCAAAGGGAACACCAAGCACAAUAUCGAAAUCGAGUACGUCCCACGGAAAUCCGAUGCGGGCAUCAGUUCCGCUGCCGAUGCGCCACGCAAGUUCAACAUGAAAAUGAUCUGAGGGUGAAGAACUGGCGAACAGAGACACCACUACUAAGGACGGGCAGUGUUUCUUUUUAAUCAAACGAUGACGACGGUGACUACAAACAGUCAACACAAAUGCCAACCUCUCUUCUCUCCACUCAGCUCUCCCAGCCCCCUCCUUCUCUCCCCACAAUCCCGCAUCACUUCCUCCUCCUCCUCCUCCUUGUCCUCCUUUGUGAAAAUGUUCUGCUGACGUCUCCAGAAUCUUCCCCUGUUUGUAGGACACAACCCUGAUGGACUCCUGUGUCGAUCUUAAAAAGACAGCAGCAAACUGAAAAAAAACAAAAAUUCAAAACAACAAACCAUAAAAAGUUACAUACUUCCUCUGUAACUUUUGAUUUCAAUAAUUACGGAUUUUUAUGAAAACUUGAAAUAAUAAAAAGAAAAAACCUAUUUCCUAUA